AUGGAUGAUGAUAAGUCAUUGAUUGUUUAUCAAAAUAAUCUAGAGAAAAGCAUUGCAUUAUUAAGAGAUUAUAUAGAUGCAAAGUAUUCUGUUAAUAAUGUAAAUAUGCGUGUUUCAUUAUGCAUGGAAAUUGUUUUGUUAGGUAAUAAUUGUUUAGAUAUUUUUAGUAUGCUGACUGAAGAUAAUGUUUCUGAAGUUUUGGAAAAUUUUGUAAAAAUUUGUUUGACUCGAUAUGAAUUGGAAAGAUCUGAUGUUAUAACAAUUUCGAUAGAUUUACUUACUAUUAUAGUCAAAAAGUGGUUAAUUACUGAGAAAUUGUCUUCAUUAAGAAAAGUUUUUGGUAAGAUUUUUGAAUGGAUAUUAAAAGGCGUUAGAAUUAUUGUGUUUUUGAAACUAGCAAAAGCAAUAGUUCGAGAUAGUGACUUAAAAAUUCUUUAUUCUGCAGUUAUGGUUGAGUUUAUGUUUGAGAUAUAUACUCUUGUUGAAUACUCUAAGGUUUAUUUCGAUAUUGUUAAUCAAUUAGAAAUAAGUGAGGGAAAAUUUGAAAAGAUUGUGUUAAAAGUUGCUUUUUGUAAUUUAAUAGAACUAGGAAAACUUGAAUCUAUUUCUUAUUUUGUUUUAAAUGCUCAUCGUUCUCAAAUUAUUAGGUCAUGGUAG